GUGAAGAUGCGGCUCUGUGAGACCUGCGCGCUCCUGGGACUUUUAUUUUUAUCAAUCUUCGAGGCAUCAGAAUGCCUACAGACGGUGAUCCGACCAGACAAAGGCUCCAUGGUAACGGUGUCCUCCAAGCUGGAUCAAUGUGCUGUGUGUACAGUCAGCGGGGUGAAUGACACACAGACUUCCUGCCACUCACCUAUCACUUUGAUACCUGAAGUGGAUAACAAGCUUCUGUUCAACUGCUCUCAGCCGAUUGAACAAUCAUAUGCUGUUACAGUAACUCGGACUAUUGAAUGUACGAAGGACGCCUGCAGCCCUACAACAGCAGAAACUCAACCCUCCAUCCUCACAGAGUUCACCAGAACCUUCACCUGGGAGCUGAAAGCACCAGAGAAGACUGUCGUGAGUCUGGACAUCCUUGGGGACGGACUGAUGAAGACAUCACAACCAUGCCCCAAUGGAUUUCAGUAUUCAGUGGUCACCUCCGAAACAAACAGCAAGGGUCAGACUCAGUACUGUCAAGGCGGUUCUCUGACUCGUUUAGACCUGCCCAAUCAAGCUGCUGUGUCUCUGCAAGUGAAACCAAAGGCUCAGGUGGAAUCUGUGUUGUUUCAGGUCUCCGCUGGACCAUUAAAGGGCCGAACAAUGGUUUUAACUGUUGAUUCCAGCACGACUGUGGUCUUUACCCGGGAUCCUAAGGGACCAGAGUGUGAAGUCUGCACCGUUGAUGGCUCCACUCCGAACUGUAACCCAACAGAAAAGAGACUGAGCAAUGCUGAAAAACACUCACUGGAGUUCAGCUGUCCAAAACCUCAGGACAUGUACAGUGUGAAGAUAAAGAAGAAGAUAGAAUGCACCAAGAACUCCUGCACUCCUGCGGCAGGGGAAAUCGAUCCCAACCCCUUGAACGACUUCAAAAGAUCCCUAACAUGGGACAUUAGUGUCCCAGAGAGGACUGUAUUGACUUUGGACUUCCCUGGUAAUGGACUGAAGGAGAUUUCUGGAACAGAAAACUGUCAAGAUGGUUAUCAGUACUCAGUGAGUACAACUAAAAGUGACGGAAACAUCAAAACUAACAGCUACUGCAAAGGCGGGACAGUGUCUCAUCUGAAUCUGCUUGGAAUGACGACUGUGACUAUUGAAGUGCCCAAAGAAGGAGAACUAGAUCAGACGGUAUUCAGUGUCAAAGCAGCACCAAGAGGUAGCAGAACCAUGUCUGUGACCCCUGACCCCAACACCAUGAUUGUCAUCAGCAGAAUGUUAGAUGAGCCAGACUGUAGUGUGUGCAUGAACAAGGCUCCAAAACAGAUAUGCAACCCAAGACAUCUAAGAAUCACUGAUCAUGGCAAUACCUCAGUAGAGUUUACCUGUCCUCGACCUCAGGAUAUUUUCAAUGUGGAGAUCAACAGAGAAAUUGACUGCACGGAGACCUCAUGCUCUGGUAACAUUGUUCAGGCCGAGUCCUCACUGUUCCCAGACUUCAACCGGACCUUCACCUGGGACCUGAAAGUUGUCUCCACUCGGGCUUUUCAAUUGGACUUCCAAGAAACAGGAAUGCGACAGAUUCCCAAUGAGGAGACCUGUCCAGAUGAGCACACAUACUCUCUUGUUACCUAUCUGCGCACUGGGCCAGCAACCAUUGGUACCUUUUGCAAAGGGGGAACUGUGACCACCAUCCUGGCACGAUACAAAGGCCGUGUGUCUCUGCGGGUGCCUGGGGACGUGAAGCUGAACCCUGUUGACUUCAAACUCAAUGUUGGGCCUGAGACCAGCAUGGUGGCCAUUGUGAAAGUCAAUCUAUCACGAGGUGUAUCAGACACAGACUUCAUCACGGCCAACUAUCCCAGAGAUUUCCCUGAUAACCAGCAGAUGCAGUGGGACUUCAUGGUGCCCGGCAUGCACAACUACACCAUGCAUUUUCGUGAUCACACAGCCCCAGAGUGCCUCAGCAGUGAAGUGGAGGUGGAGUACAAGAAAGAGAACAAGAAGGUGACCAAACUGACUCUGACAGAUCCUCAGCCGGAGCAUCAGCAGGGCAACUUCAACAUGGUGCUCAAGAACUGUGAAACCAACAGGACGAUACAGGGACUCACCUUGAAAUACAGAGUUUCUGUAAUGAGGAGUGGGCAUCCAGUUCUGUGUACGGUGGAUCUAACCAAACAGCAAGGAGUGUCCCUGCAGAUAGAGAAAGUGGGUUCUGAUCCAUAUUGUGAGAUGAGCAUUAACUCCAAGGUGGAGAAGAAGAUAAACAUAGCUGCGGGCACAAAGGCCAACCUCUCCUUCCUCGACUGUCCAAAUGAAGAUGUGCGCCUGACAGCCACCGAAGUCAUUGGUUGCCAAAAUGUGGCAUCAUGCCCUUCGACUCUCCUCACUGUGCCAAAACUGGAUUCCUGUCUACCGAUGUCACUCCACAGCUUCACGUGGCACCUCAACAUCCCUCAGGACGGCACAGUGGACCUGGUGUCGCCCACGGGGAGUCUCCAGCAAUCCAUCCCUGGCCAGAAAUGUGAUCAGUCUGUCUCAUUGCAUGUGUCAGAGGAGGAUGGGUUUACUGUUGGUGAUUUCUGCUUUAAUGGAACCAUCCAGAAAGUUCAGGUGCACGCCAACGUCUCCAUCACAGCUACAGCCCAGAACUUUACCAGGACCAGGGGGCCUUUUCUCAAUGCCAGCUUCAGUCAGGAGAUCCCAGAGACCAUUAUUUACAGAGUCAACCCUGGGAUAUUGUCUCCAACCCUGCUGGCCACCCCCAACUGGCCCCAGGGCAUGAAACCUUCCUCCACCAUGUCCUGGAUUGUCACCGUGCCGAGCCACUACCAGGCACAUGUGCAGUUUGUCAACGUCAGCCAACCCAAAUGCCUCGAGCGGCACACUGCCAUCAUAGUGAAGAUGCUGGGGUAUGAGGAGGAACUCAUGAGCCGCCGGGAGGACGAGCAGGCGGAGGACAAGUUAUUGAUCCCGCAGAGUUUCUAUCUCAACAUGUCCAACUGUAUACCAGAGGAGGGACACUUUGGUGCAGUGACCAAAAUCGUUCUGCAGAGGAAGACCAAUGUCUUAGCCAUCAUCCUCGGGAUAGUAGGAGCUCUUUUGCUAAUGCUGAUAGUGCUGGCUGUGGUAUGCAUCAUCACGAAGAAAAAGAAAAAGGAAAGAACGAAUAAGGAGGCCUCCAUCUACAUUGGAAAAGGGAGUUUCUUCCGCCCAGGUGACAAGCACUUCACCAAAACCCGACCUGACAACAACUCCCACGUCUACGACUCCAUAGAUGAAAUGAUGGUGUACGGACAUCUGCUGGGUGAAACCAGCUACGCCGACAGCAUGCAGGACCACUUCACAGGGAUGCAGGCGGACUCUUAUAACACAUUUACAGGCCCCACUGACGGACAGCUGCCUGUUAUCAAAGAACCGGACCCAGAGCCCAAGAUUGACCAGUACAAGACGUUCCUGGACCCCUCUGAGACUUUCAUCCCAUCCCGUCCGCGGACUCCCAUCGACCGGCAGGACAGCCUCGGCUUUCAGGACCGCAGGAUGGUGGACAAUGAACUGUACACGUUCAAGAGCACAGGGGACAUAAACACAAUCCGGCUCUCUGGAGCCGACAUGGAGCCACAGCCGCCGAUAACAGAGGAGUCCUUGUAGUGCAUUAGGACUUCAGCUGCAUGAUGGACUGCUGCUACUCUACUCUCAUUACAGCACCAAGUAUUAUCUGGUCUGUACUGACGUGAACUUUGUGCCUCGAUCACACUCAGUGAUUAACUUUUAAUGUGGGUGUUCGUCAUCUUUGUCAGAACUUCAGCUUCAAGAGUAGAAGUGUUGAUCCUCUUUUUUAAAGGAAUAAUUUGACAUUUUGGGAGAUAGAUUGCUGUCUACAGAAUAUAGUAGAUAUGAAGCUACUGCCAGCAGCUGGUUAGCUUAGCUAAGCAUAAAGGCUGGAAAUGGGUAAAAUGUUAGCCUGGUUCUGUUUAAACACCACCACCUACCAGCACCUCUAAAGCUUAUUAAUUAAAUUAGUUAUAUAUUGUGUUUGUUUGUAAUCCAUGCAGUGACUUCCUGAAGUCCGCACAAACAUGAAGAUGAUAUUGAUCUUCAUGUCUAAUAAAAUCAAGAAUACAUAUUUCCCAAAAUGUCGAUCUAUUCCUUUAAUGUUUGAUAUGUUUAGUUUUAUUAAAUUUCAGUCCAUGUGACAUGGAUUCAGGAGCAGGGACUAUGGAAAAAGAUGUGCAAGUACCUCUGGUGUUUGUUUUUAAAAGUGUUUGUUAGAUUGUUUUAUAGUUUUUUUUUUUUCUUUAAA